AUGCUUGAAGUGUUUCAUCCGGAAAUCGCAAAAACUAUGGAUCCGGCGAACACUGAGGAAUUGCAAGACUUCAAAGAACGCUUUGAGAGAGGUGAAGGCGAUGUGGAUGUGCAAAAGACGACCGUAGACAUGACCGGAGACGUGAACCUCGGUGGCAUUAAGGCAGCCUUCGAACAUGGCGAAGAAGAGAUGUCACCAGAAGAACGUGCAGCACAGAAGAAAAAAGAAAUCGAGGCGGAAUUUCUCAGGUACAAAAUGGCCAGACGAGCAGCUGCCGAACGUGCCAAGCAACAGGCUGAAGAGGGAGAAGAAGGUGCAGCCGAUGUUGGGUCGAUCAAAGAUCGCUUUGAUACGGGAGAAGCAUUCAGGACAGCCGAAAUGGACGGAAAGAAUGUCGAUGUUGAAAUCAAAAUGGCCGGUAAAGCAAGGGAGAAAUUCAUGCAGAUCGACGCUUCUGGUGCCGCACCGGUGAUGCCCAAUCAAGGCAGGAAGGAACCCAGCAAAUGGGACAAAAGGGAAGACCGACCUGCUGCAGAAAUCAUCAAUAGGAGAGCAGUUGACGAUUAUGAUGAUGAUGAGGGCGAAGAUGCAUUCGAUAUCAAGAAUCUCAUGAACAAAUUCAAGCAUAUCGCUGAAGCUGACACAACCACCUCGGCUCUUAAUGCGGAACAACGAGCUGAGCUGGAAGCUUUGAAAACGGAGGCUAAAACUUUGAAGCAGCGCUUCGAAGAAGGCAUUGACGACGAUUCAGACUUGGCUGAGGAGAAACGGCGGCAAAUGCAGGAAGAAUUCGAGCGGCUGAAGAAGGAACGUGAGGAGGCCCAGCGACGGCUCGAAGAAGAACGAGCCAUGGAGGCGCCCAAGGAAGUUGAAAAAGACGACGUCAACAUAAAGGCCGAGCAUGCUGCAAAGAUGGCUGCGAAAUGGGAAAAGAUCCAAGCCAAAGAGGCCAAAAAAGCCGAAAAGAGCCGAAUGCCCGAGAAAAAAGUGGCGCGUUUCGUGAUGCGCCCACAACCGAAAUGUGCCAUAUGCAGCAAUACCGUAUACCGAGCCGAACAAUUCGGAUGUUUCGGCUUACAGUACCACGUGAACUGCUUUAGAUGUACAGUAUGUCGACAAGCGCUGCGCGUGGAGCGUGCUCAUCGCAGCAAAGAAGGCAGUUUAUACUGCCAUGUACACUUUAAGCUGCUUGGCGAUGAUAGCCGACAUCAAUUGGAAAAGUCACUUGAAGAGAACAACAACUUGGAGGCGAACGCCGUCGCCGAACGUUCUCAAGCCUAG